AUGGCUUUAGGUCAUCAAGUGAGACCUUGUGGCAUAUCUCAGUUGGUGGGGCAUCCUACUGAUGCAUGUUCCACACUUCAAGAGGAUACCAAUGAGCAUGUAAAUGCAAUGGGGGGAUUCUCAGGGCAACCUAGGCUAAGGUAUGACCCUUAUGCUAUAACUUAUAACGAAGGAUGGAAGGAACACCCUAAUCUUCGAUAUGGGAAUCAACAACAAAUUGUACCAACUAGACCGCCAGGAUUUCCUUAUCAACAAAGGCAACAAGAAACUCAUACACCUCAACCUCAACAACCUAUUACCUCAGAAGCUCAAGAACCAUCAAUGGCAGAUAUGCUAAAACAGUUAGUAGCCUCCAAUAUGCAAACUCAAGUACUUCUUCAAGGCGCUCAUGUGUCCCUAAAAAAUUUAGAGAAUACUAUGGGUCAAAUUGCCACUUCAUUAAGUCAAAAUGAGCCACAGAAUCAAGGAAAAGUACCUUCACAGCAUGUACGAAACCCAAGGGAAAAUGUUAAUGCCAUCACACUAAGAGAUGGCAAGACUUAUGAUCCACCCAACCUUCCAUCAAACAAAGAUGAAACCCCAACCACAUCACCAAACCUUAAACCCACUAUUCCCACUUAUGUUACUACUCCUCCAUUUCCUAGUCGAUUGAGAAAGACUAAGAAAGAUGAAGCUAAACAGGAAAUAUUGGAGACUUUUCGCAAGGUUGAGGUAAACAUUCCCUUACUUGAUGCCAUUAAGCAAGUACCUAGAUAUGCAAAGUUUUUAAAGCAGUUAUGCACCAACAAGAGGAAGCUAAAAGGGAAUGAAAAGGUGAGUGUGGGGGAAAAUGUUUCGGUGGUUCUUCAAAAGAAACUUCCACCAAAGUGUAAGGAUCCCGGCACCUUCACUAUUCCUUGUACUAUUGGCAAUAAAAGAAUUGAAAGAUGCAUGUUAGAUUUGGGUGCUUCAAUUAAUGUAAUGCCGUACUCUAUUUAUGCCUCUUUGAAUUUGGGACCACUAGAAGAAACUGUGGUGAUCAUACAAUUAGCGGAUCAUUCUAAUGCAUAUCCAAGGGGAGUAAUAGAGGAUGUAUUGAAUAAAGUUAAUGAAUUGGUUUUUCCGUAA